CCGAGCUUCCAGAAAGUGUUGAUUCCAAUUUCCAACAUCAUCGCUUUUUCCUCUUUGUUCAGUUCUCACUGCUUGGCUUUGUCUCGAAGGCUGGAGCUACCACAUUGCACUAGCCUCUAGAACUAGCUUCCUACUAGCAACCUCUUUUUCCCCGGAUCAUCGACGUCAACUGCCUCAUUCCCGUACGAUCCGAUCCGGCCUGCCAUGCCUUGAAGGAUGCUGCUCUGCCUCUGCUGAUUCGGAUUUGGACUUGGAACUGCUGCUGGAAACCAGAACACAUUCGCGAUGGAUACGCUCCAGCACGGGGCCAGAGACCUCCCCUGGUCCUCGAUCCCGACCGAUCUCCUCCGCGCCGAGCUCUCGAAACGCGACGAUGCCACCGACACAUCCCGCCCACAAUGCGGUUCAGGGGAGAAGGGCGAAUACAACACAGGGCUACAUGUCUUUGCGCUCGUCUUGAUCCUCCUCCUGAGCACCUUGUCCUGCGGAUUUCCUCUCUUCUCGCGCCGAGCCAUGAAAGGCAGCAAACUACAACGAAAGAUCAUAUUCUUCAGCCAGCACUUCGGCACCGGCGUGUUGAUGGCUACUGCCUUCGUCCACUUGCUUCCAACAGCCUUCAUGUCCUUGACCGACCCUUGCUUGCCAUAUUUCUUCAGCGAAGGAUACAAACCGCUCGCCGGCUUGGUUGCCAUGACUGCUGCCCUGGUCGUUGUCGCCCUCGAAUCAUACCUUACCACACGCGGUGCUAGCCAUUCGCAUUCGCAUACCAUUUUCGAAGACGAGGAAGAAAACGGCCAUGCACACCAUGGUGCCGAGCACGGCUUCAAGGAUAGCCCCGAACGUAUCGCGCUCCAGGAUCGUGAGGUCACUCAAGGCCUCAUGGGACGGCAGUCUCCCAUUGCCAGCACCAGCGCCCAGCCUUCUCCUUCCGACCAGCCCCGAACUUCUCGAGACAACGACAGCGCUAACUCCCUUGAUCUCGACUUGACCUUCGAUGAGCUCCAACCGAUCCCAAAUACCGAUCAUGACCAGCUUCUCGAGCCCGAAAACACCAGCUCUUAUAGGACGGGACUCAAGCCUGCGGUGGCUCCCGAUAUGCCAAACCCCGAAGAACAGAAGCGCAUGUUGUUGCAGUGUUUGCUCCUCGAGGCUGGUAUCUUGUUCCACAGCGUCUUUAUUGGAAUGGCCUUGUCGGUCGCAACCGGGCCUCCGUUUAUUGUGUUCCUGAUCGCUAUCGGCUUCCACCAGACGUUCGAAGGCCUUGCCCUGGGCACACGUAUCGCCGCUAUCCACUUCCCUCGCUCCUCUCCACGGCCAUGGCUCAUGGUGUUAGCAUUCGGCACUACCACCCCCAUCGGACAAGCCAUAGGAUUGCUUAUCCACACUUUUUACGACCCCAUGAGCCAAACAGGUCUCCUCAUGGUCGGCUUCAUGAACGCUAUCUCCAGCGGUCUUUUGUUGUUUGCUGGCUUGGUUCAGUUGCUCGCCGAGGACUUCCUCUCAGAGAAGAGUUACGCAACGCUUCAUGGCCGGAAGAGACUGCAUGCCUAUUUCGCUGUAGUUGCAGGGGCUGGGCUCAUGUCUGCCGUUGGCGGCUUUGCUUGAAGUACAAGCCUUCCGUUUGUUUCUUGUUAUUGUUAUAUGGGCAUGUUUCGCAUCUACUUGGGGUUGCAUCAUUAGCGGCGUUUUCUUUUUGUGUAGAGUAUUUCUGCCUUCAGCGGUACCAUAACAAUCUUGAAUUAUACUUGUUUUUUCCAUA